UCCGGCGUUAAGAGACUGGAGGAUGCCUGAGCCCGCGAAGUCCGCUCCCGCCCCGAAGAAGGGCUCCAAGAAGGCGGUGACCAAGGCGCAGAAGAAGGACGGCAAGAAGCGCAAGCGCAGCCGCAAGGAGAGCUACUCGGUGUACGUGUACAAGGUGCUGAAGCAGGUGCACCCCGACACGGGCAUCUCGUCCAAGGCCAUGGGCAUCAUGAACUCGUUCGUCAACGACAUCUUCGAGCGCAUCGCGGGCGAGGCGUCGCGCCUGGCGCACUACAACAAGCGCUCGACCAUCACGUCGCGGGAGAUCCAGACGGCCGUGCGCCUGCUGCUGCCCGGGGAGCUGGCCAAGCACGCCGUGUCCGAGGGCACCAAGGCCGUCACCAAGUACACCAGCUCCAAGUGAUCGUGCCAAGCGGAGACCUGACAUCUACUCUGAGCCUCAUCAGCACCUGGUGUCCUUUUUCCCCUGACAAGCGAGGCAAUGGAAACGGGC